UUAACGCAACCGAGCGACAACAGCGAGCGAAGCUACCGUCACCCAGGUUGUAAAGUGUCGGUUAACUUUGCUUUUUCUGUUACCUCCCAGACACGGAGAUACUUUGUAGGAUAAACCGUUAUCUUGUCCUUUAUCUGCCUGGAGAUAUACCCAGCGGGCUAAAACUGACACAGCCGUCUGGGCCUCGUCGUAGUGGCCCAGACUCGAGUGAAGUUAGGACAAACUUCUGCUUCCUUUAGCGGCUCUCCGCGGGGCUCCUGUCACCGGCCCUGUGGAUGAGGACGUGAACACGCAUCCAACCGACCACCAGGAGAAAGGAAUCCCUUUGAUGGUAGAAUCCUCUUUCCUGGCCUCCUGGGUCAAUCGCAGUGCCAUGAUGAUGGAUGAGCAGGAGGCGCUGAACUCGAUCAUGCAGGACCUGGCCGAACUGCACCGCUCUAGCCGUCCUGCCAUGUUCCUGUCGGACCUGGGCAAACCCAAAGCCUCCUCGCCGAAGAACCAGAACGAUGUCAGAGUGAAGUUCGAGUUCAAAGGGGAGAAGAGAAUCUUACAGUUCCCUCGACCUGUCAAGCUGGACGACCUGAAGGCGAAAGCUAAAGUGGCUUUCGGUCAGACGAUGGACCUUCACUACACCAACAAUGAGUUGGUGAUUCCGCUGACCACUCAGGACGACCUGGACAAGGCCGUGGAGCUGCUGGAUCGCAGUGUUCACAUGAAGAGCCUGAAGAUCCUCCUGGUGCUCCAGAUCUCCUCUCAGAACUCUUCCUCCAAUAUGGACCUCUUGCGGUCCCACGAGGAGCUGGACAACACGAGGUUCAGAGUCGCCGACCAGAAGAGUAUGCUGGCUUUGAUCGGCUCCCAUUCGACAGACCGCAGCUCCCCUCCUCCCGGUUACAUUCCCGACGCGCUGCAGCAGGUGGCGAGGAACGGCUCCUUCACCAGCAUCAACAGCGAGGGGGAGUUCAUCCCUGAGAGCAUGGACCAGAUGCUGGACCCGCUGUCUAUGAGCAGUCCAGAAAACUCUGCGUCUGGAAGUUGUCCUUCUUUAGACAGCCCUCCGGACAGCGACUAUCCCAAGUCCAGGAUGCCCCGAGCACAGAGCUACCCAGACAACCACCAGGACUUUCCAGAGUACGACGUCCCAGUGUUUGAGAAGUCGGGGAAAGGUGGGACGUACCCUCGGAGAUACGGCAUUCCCUUCGGUCUUCAGGAUUACAGUGAUGGGAGGAAGACCUUCCCUCGUGCUCGGCGAACGCAGGUUCACGGCUUCCGCUCGCCGGUUAGCUUCAGCCCGACGGAGCAGUCCCCCAGCACCAGCAGCGGCAGCAGUGUUUUCACUCCCGACCUGGAGGAGGCCCCGGGGCCCGCCAGGAGGCCGCGGAGGGGCAGCGACAUCGAACCCAACCCGACCGCUCCCACGCUGUCUGUAAUGGACAUCAGCCCGCCCAGCCGCUCUCCUCGCGCCCCAACAAACUGGCGGCUGGGAAAGCUCCUGGGUCAAGGCGCCUUCGGACGGGUUUUCCUCUGUUAUGAUGCCGACACUGGACGGGAACUGGCGGUCAAACAGGUCCAGUUUGACCCAGAGAGUCCGGAGACCAGCAAGGAGGUGAGCGCUUUAGAGUGUGAAAUCCAGCUCUUAAAGAAUUUGUGUCACGAGCGGAUCGUCCAGUACUACGGCUGCCUGCGGGACACGAUGGAGCGAACGCUCUCCAUCUUCAUGGAGUACAUGCCCGGCGGCUCCAUUAAGGACCAGCUGAAGUCGUACGGAGCGCUAACGGAAAACGUGACGCGCCGCUACACCCGGCAGAUCCUGGAGGGGGUUUCCUACCUGCACAGCAACAUGAUCGUCCACAGAGACAUUAAAGGUGAGGGGGACACUUCGUGUUAUCCGACAUCGGGAAGAUGCAGCCGGGUGACUCUCUCUCUUCCUUGUUCAGGGGCCAACAUCCUUCGGGACUCGGUGGGUAACGUGAAGCUGGGAGACUUCGGGGCCAGUCGGCGACUGCAGACCAUCUGUCUGUCAGGAACGGGCAUCAUGUCGGUGACCGGCACCCCCUACUGGAUGAGCCCAGAAGUGAUCAGUGGAGAGGGGUACGGCAGGAAGGCCGACAUCUGGAGCGUCGGCUGCACCGUAGUGGAGAUGCUGACUCAGCGACCCCCGUGGGCAGAGUUUGAGGCCAUGGCGGCCAUCUUUAAGAUCGCCACCCAGCCCACCAACCCUGUGCUGCCGGCCCACGUGUCGGACCACUGCCGAGACUUCCUCAAGCGGAUCUUUGUAGAGACUAAGCAGCGUCCGUCUGCCGACGAGCUACUGAGGCACAUCUUUGUACAUUAGCCUGAAUCUUUAACCCCCGCCUACCUGAUUCGGCCUUACCCGGUGGGGCGUCCUGGCCUCUGACUUCUCCCCCUCCCCCUCCAUGCUGGAACUAUAUGGACCAGGAGGAACCGGCUGAAAGAAGGCGGGGUGUGUGGACAGGUGGUGGGGUGCGUACAAGCUCCUCCCGUCUCUGUUUGUAUGAGACCGCCAUAGAGGACAUGAAUUUACAUUUUAUUUUUCUCCGCAAGUUGCACCUUAAUUUCUCAACCAAGGAGGGGCGGAGCACUUUCUCCUUUUUUAUGUUUGUACGGUUCCUCUCUUCACGCGUUGGAGCGGGAUGGUGUCGGUGUCGUGGACCUGCAGGAGAUGAUGCCUGGACCCCCAUCUCGCUGACCCGACCCCAGAAUGUAGUCUCCUGCCAAAACCCAGAGGGAUGGUGCCGACCUGGGCCCGCUGCUAUCGACGAAACUAGUGCAGAGAACACUCCCUCAUCCCGCGUCCUCUUCCUCUCCGUCUCUGUCUCUCUGCUUUACUGUCGACCUGCCUCCAUCUUUGUUCUUCGCCAUGUGCCUUUUCUGUUUGUUGAACUUGGUGUAGGACUGAGUCCUGAGUUCUUCGCCACAAGGUUUCUCAGUUUUCUUUUGCCUCCCGGAUAAACUGCCUUUGCACCGUCAACCCCGCAGAUCUCCGUUCAGCCGUAACGUUCUGGAAGAGGACUCCUGGAGGAGAGAUGACGUCUCUUCGUACUCGGAUCAGAUUGAUCUCUUGUCAUGACUCCAUUACUUGAAGCAGGAGAGAGGCGAGAAGCUCACAGCUGAUUGGCCGGAGGUCCGGCUGCAUGACGCUGAGGUCGGCUUAUAUUUCAGACUAGACAAACGUGGAGGAUGAGCCGCUACGCUCACAGGUAACGUAUGUGUCCAUCGCUGCAGAGACGCUCCUCAGAUCAGACUUCACACUGGAAGACGUUUACAGCAUCGCAGCUUCUUUUCUUUGUUUUUGCCAAAUCAGAUGUGAACUCGUCACUUUAGCCGAACCACAAACACUCCAUUCGACAUGUCUCUCUCGCUCUCGCUCUCUCUCUCUGUUUCCUCCUGAGCUUCCAGAACGUCCGUUAACAGAACGCCUACGAGCACAUUAAAGACUAUUCAAUGUGAUUCAUUACGUGCUCUUCAACAUGAUCAGUAACACUGAGUUCUGCUCCGCUCUUUGCUCGUUUAGUUUUAAAAUGCCUUUAAUAUUUGUUCAGGCUGCUGAAUCCCCAAACAUUUGAUUAUUAUUAUCAAACGGAGGUGAUGAGUCUCGGUGUGUUUAAGUGUCGGUCGCAGCUUCACGUUUAAUGAAAGAAACAAUAGGAUUCAAAGGCAAAAUCUGACCUCAUUAAAGGUGCAGUCAGUCACUGUUUACCGGCACAGAUUAACCGCAGUGCGUCUGCACAGAGAAAGACGUUUUAUUUGCUCGUUAGCUGUUUGAUUGUUUCCGUUGUUCUAACCACCGUAGUCGGUGUGCUGCUGAGCUGUCGGGUGUUUAGUGGAACAUGAACACUGUGGUACGAUGAAUAAUGCUUUUCUGUUUCUGGUACUCGGUAACACUUUAAUUCUGUAAUAAUGUUAAACACAUCUCCUGUAAAGAGCGAAGUGGUUUGGUACGAUGUAAUUCAAGGAGAACAGAGUCUCUAAUAAUAAUACUUUGAUCUAACCUUGCUCAUCUACUUCUAAUGUUUACCAGCAAACGUUCUAGGGAUGAUUUUCUCUUUAAUUUCCUGAUCAAGUGAAUUCUGCGUUUGUUGUUAUAGUUGCUCACAGCGGCCACUAGAUGGUAGUAAGGAGACAUUUCACUGAUUGCACCUUUUUAACAGCAGGAGGAAGAUAUUGUUGCUCAUCAAGCUUUCUCUGAAGGAACUAGUUUGACUUCAGCAGCUGUGAUCGGCCGGUUGAUCCACAGAAACAAACUCAAUCUCUGCGUCUCCAGAACCGACCGUGUCCAAAAGAAGCGAGGGAAGAGAGAGACCGUUCGUUUUGCAAACAUUGGUGGUUGUGUUGCGUUUGAGGCGGCUGGCAGUGAGCUGUUGUGAAGGCCGUCAGCACUGGUAGACCUCGAGACGCACAACCGUUCUGCACUAUCUUUGAUUCACUGACGCUUUCUCACGAUUCCUCGUCGGCUCCGUUCAGCGACCUUUUCUUUGCACAUUUUAAAGACUAUUUUUUUAUUUUUAAACAAGUGUUAUAGUGUGUGUGUGUGAGAGAGUGAGUGAGAGAGAGAGAGAGAACUCAAUACAAGAAUGUAACGUCUCUUUACCGUCAGAUGGCCUCGUUCACCACCAAGGAUUAACUCCUCAGUAACAGUAUUUGUCACCUGCAAAUGCCGAGAUACACCUGUACACUCUUUAGUGUCUAAAGCCACUGCUGCCACUCCUGUGUGUGUGUGUGUGUGUGUGUGUGUGUCUGUGUCUGUGUGUCUCUGUCUGUUUUGUGUGUGUCUGUCUUGUGUGUGUAGACAUGCAUUUACUGCAAUUUGUGCUAUUUGGACACUGCGCCCAAAAUGCCUUGAGCAUUCUGACUGUAGGAGGGGAGAACAUUCAAAUGAUGAUUUAAAAAAAUAAAAAAUAAUGAGAAAUAAUGUACAAAUGUAUAAAAUGAAAAUGUACCUUUUUUAAAUAAGCAAAGUCCACAUAUAUCCCACAAGUUUGGUCUCUGUGUAUUGUUAAAGAAGCCAUGUUUAUAAUUCUAAUUGGUUUGUGACCAAUACGCCUGUUUAUAUCAGAUCUGUAUAUCAGUGGUACGCAUAAUUUUUUAAUAUAUAUUUUUUAUUUUACUUUUUUUUUAAAUGGGAGAUUUUAUGCAUGGUUGGGUCUUGAGAGACGCAGCGGUGCCGUUGAAUAGUUGCUGUUUUUUGGCAAAAUUCUGGAGUAUUGCGACAGCUCUGUGUUCAUAAUUACAACAAUUAUGACGAUGGAAAAACAAUAAAAAGAUAUUUAUUUCA